CCAAACUACCCCUCUCCCUCAAAUGCCCAACAACUUAUAUAAAGCUGAAGCACCCAUGUCAUUCAACACACAAUAGUCAUUUUCACAUUGUUGUUGUUUCUCCUGGAGUACUUUAUUACACAAUCAGGAGAAAUAUGAAUAUGGAAAUGUUGGAGAUGAAGAAGGAGAAGAAGAAAGGAAGGUGUUUGGCAAUAAUGGUGGUGGUGGCGAUGGAGCUGCUUUUCUUGUUCUCUGCUUCUUCUGCAGAGCCAACAACCUCCCCAUUCAGAAAACUAUUGUUAGGGGAUCUUAAAGAAUCAAAGACUAAGGCUUCUCCUUCAACAGUGUCACUGCUUAGAGAAUAUGAACAUGAAGAUGGAAAGAUCAUCGUAGAUAAUGGCAUCCUUCAAGUCACAAUUUCAAUUCCAGAUGGUUUUGUCACUGGAAUCAACUACAAUGGGAUCGAUAAUCUACUUGCAACCCAAAAUGAAAAGAACAAUCGAGGGUAUUGGGACGUCGUGUGGGAAGAGCCUGGAAAUCAUGAUAUAUUUGACAAAUUGGCAACAACAGAUUUCAGGGUGAUAGUGGAAGACGAGGAUCAAGUAGAAGUUUCAUUCACCAAAACAUGGAAUAUCUCCCAUCAUGACUCCUACACGGUUCCCUUACACAUAGACAAAAGGUAUAUAUUGCGGAGAGGUGUAUCGGGUUUAUAUGCGUACACGAUCAUGGAGCGCGAACAAGGAUGGCCAGAAGUAGAAAUGUACCAAACGAGGAUUGUGUUCAAGCUUCGGGAUGACCUGUUCAAAUUCAUGGCUCUAUCAGACCAAAGACAGAGGGUCAUGCCAGCGCCUGAGGACCGGGAAAGCGGUCAACCACUUGCCUAUCCUGAAGCAGUUUUGUUGACCAGCGCAACCAAUCCACGGCUUAGAGGAGAGGUGGACGACAAGUACCAGUACUCGUGCGAGGACAAGGACAAUAGAGUUCACGGAUGGAUAUCCAAUGCAGAUCCAUCCGUUGGAUUUUGGAUGAUCACGCCCAGUAAUGAGUUCCGCAAUGGUGGGCCCAUCAAGCAGGACCUCACCUCUCAUGUGGGCCCAACCGUCCUCAAUAUGUUUGUGAGUACUCACUACGCUGGGGAGGACCUGGACACACAUUACAGCAGUGAAGAGCCAUGGAAGAAAGUCUUUGGUCCUGUUCUUAUCUAUCUCAACUCCCAACCCAACAACAACUCUUCACUAUGGGAAGAUGCUAAGAAACAGAUGUUAACUGAAGUCCAAAACUGGCCCUACGAUUUCCCUCGAUCCGAAGACUUUCCUACUUCUCUUCAACGUGGAAGCAUCACAGGCCGAUUGCUAGUAGUCGACAGAUAUGCUCACUACAACAUGACCUGGACCAAGUCCGCAUACGUGGGAUUGGCUGCACCAGGAGAGUCAGGAUCCUGGCAGACAGAGUCUAAGGGUUAUCAAUUUUGGACUAAGACAGACAGCAAAGGGAAAUUCUUAAUCAAGAAUGUUAGAGUGGGUAAUUACAGUCUCUAUGCUUGGGUCCCUGGAGUUAUUGGAGAUUACAAAUUUGAUCCACUUAUUUCCAUCAAUCCAGGUGAGGAGAUCAAAUUGGAUGUGAUCAAGUACCAUCCACCAAGGGCGGGCCCAACAUUGUGGGAGAUAGGGUAUCCAGACCGCUCUGCUGAAGAGUUCUACGUGCCCGACCCGUAUCCGACACUCAUGAACAGAUUGUACACCCAAGUGCGUGCAGAGAAGUUUAGGCAAUAUGGGUUGUGGGAACGAUACUCGGAUUUAUACUCAACACAGGAUCUAAUCUACACGGUUGGUCUUGAUAAUUACCAAAAAGAUUGGUAUUUUGCUCAUAACAGCAGAAAUGUAGGAAAUAACACAUACGCAGCAACGACGUGGCAGAUUAAAUUUGAUCUAGUACAUAAUCCGGAUCAAACUGGAAAUUACACCAUGCAAUUGGCAUUGGCAGCAGCCAAUGGUGCUGAAAUACAGGUUCGGUUCAAUAACGGAGUCGCGGAUCAGCCUCAUUUUACGACGGGUUUAGUAGGCAAGGACAAUGCCAUUGCGAGACAUGGAAUUCAUGGGUUAUACCAUUUGUACACUAUUGGUGUACCAAGUGAUCUGCUGAACAAUGGUGGCAACACAAUAUUUCUCACACAGACAAGAACGAGAAGUCCUUUUUUUGGAGUUAUGUAUGACUAUAUUCGCUUAGAAGGACCUCCUCAACCUUGAUUUAAUUAUACAAUUCUAUAGUUCGUGUAUAUAUAUAUAUAUGUACAGAGGGACGGAGCUAGUAUGGACCGCGACAGAGGCGAGUUCUUGCUCGUGUAUGAGUUCAUGCCAAAUGGAAGCCUUGAUAUGCAUUUGUUCAGCAAGAGAAGUUAUACUCUACUCAAUUGGAAUUUGAGAUAUAAGAUUACCCUUGGAAUAGCCUCUGGAUUGUUCUCUCUUCAUGAAGAAUGGGAGCAGUGCGGGAGCAUCGCGACAUCAAAUCAAGUAAUAUAAUGUUAGAUUCAAGUUUUAAUGCGAAGAUUGGAGAUUUUGGGUUCGCUCGACUCAUGGACCAUGAGAUAGUCCGCUGACAACUGGAUUAGCAGGAACUUUAGGCUACCUUGCACCUGAAUAUAUAAGCACUAGCUAGAAGCCCAAACAAGGGAUUUGGUUGGAAUUCGUUAGAAUCACUAAUUAAUUUUUUUUUUUUUAUAAAUUUCUUAGUCGCCAAACCAUGCGCACUCGUUUGUAUAAAAUUCAAAGAGAAUUGGCAACGUAAAUUACUUUCUACCAAA